UAGCACCACCUAGAAAUAUUCCUCUUGAGCAAUGACUGUUAAUAAAAUCCUGAAAGAUCUAGGCACAACAUUUUUAAAUUUUGAUAAAGGAUUUUCAUUUGGUCCUCAAGGAAAAUUACUCCGCCGAAAUUUAGAAGAACUUUGGUUUCGAUAUUGUGUUAUUAUGCCACCCUACAAUGUAUUCUUAUCAUCGUCAGAAACAAUUUUAGCAACUUUGGAAAAUCUUUCAUCUUCAGGCGCAACAGAACAACCUAUAGGAAUAGCGGUUCUUGAAGAAAACAAAAAUACUUGGAAUACUGAUUUCAUUAAAACUUGUCCGAAAAUAAAUUCUCAUCGAACUGGUAAAAUAAUAGUAAUAACUGAUGCAUCAGAAGGAAAGGAUGUGUAUCAUAAGAAACAGAGAGAGCGAAAAGUUUGGUGGAGAAAAUUCUCUCGAGAACCAGCAAGGUUCCAGUUUACAGAAGUAAAAAAAACAUCAAAACAAAAAGAAACGAUUGAAAUAAGUGCAGAAUUUGAUUUCGGAUCUAUCAUUGUAGAGACUAUAUCAUUUCAGCAAGAUGCCAAAAAAUUGAAUUCCCAGAAUGAGCUAGAAAAUAGUCAUAUCGUCGAAUGUAUUGCAUCUUUGGAUUGGGGUUGUUUAGCGUUACUUUGUGAUGCUUAUUCUUCAGGAUCAUCAUCUCAUCAAUUGAAACUUCAUCCUAAAUUGGCACCAUUUAAAAUAGGAUUGUAUGUACCAACUUUGGCAGAAAAUGAAUCUGAUUCAAAAGUUUCAGAUAGAGCACGGCUGGUAUUAUAUUUGAAUAAUCAUUUAAAAGGGAAAGGAGUUGAAACAGUAGUUACAACAAAAUUGGAAGGAAUGGACACAUUUCAUGUGCCUUUAAUGGUGACAGUUGACGACAUGAGUUUACAAAACGGUAUUGUUUAUGUUUGGAAUCGUCUGACAACUCUUGCUGAACAAGUUCAUAUAACUGAUUUAGCUAAAUACGUGUUGUCUCGUUGUUAUUAAUAAUAAAUAAAACAAAUUUAAUAUGAAUGAA